GACGGCCUCGCCGCCGUCGUUCCGCGUUCACCGCCGACAUAGCUUCGCCUCGGCCAGCCCGCGACGUUUCUCGGCAUGCGGGCCGAGUUCACACUGCUCCCACCCGAGCUUGUCGGGCUGGUGCUCUCGCACUGCACCGACGAGGCGCUCGAGGCUCUUGCGUGCGUCUCCUCCACGCUCGGUCCGGCCGUGCGCGAUAAUUGGCUCAAGCGUCUCAAGGAGCGGUACCCGCACUCUCCGUGGGAGCGCGUGUGCCCGGACGAGGCUCGCCGCCUGUGUCGCGGCAUGGAGACCCUCCGUUCGCCGCGUUGGGUCCGCACGCCCGCAGAUGGCCUCCCGCCGGCCGACCGCGGCGGCCAGGCAUCCGUCGCCGUCGACACCGGCGCGGGCCGCGCGAUCGUCGUCCACGGGGGCGCCAACGGGAACGUCUUCCACUCGGACUCGUACGCGCUGAUCGCGGGCGCCGUCUCCGACGAGGCGGGCGGCGACUCGCAGCGGCAGCAGAGGCGGGGGGUCGGUUGCAUGCGGCGGCCGCUGCGGUGGGUUGCCCUCGAGGGGAAGGGGUGCCCCUCUCCGAGGUGGGCACACUCCGCCGGCGCGGCCGGGACGACGGUCGCGCUGUACGGCGGCAACUGCGGCGCGGACGGCGCUCUCUCCGACUUGUCUGUGCUCGACUGCUCUGCCGGCGAGCCGGAGGCGUGGCGCUGGCUGCCGGCGGGGUCGCUGCUCGAGAAGGGCGACCGGCCCGGCCGCCGGCACAGCCACGCGGCCUGCGGCGCGCCCGGCUCCGACGUGCUCUGGCUCUUUGGGGGCAUCGUCCCGCUGGAGGAGGAGGCGGCGGCGCAGCCCUUCGGCCCCGCCCUCGCCAUGGACGCGUCCAACGACCUCUUCGCCGCAGGCACUCCUCUGGCAUCGGCUGGAGGAGCCUCACCGCCUCCGCGACAGCCGCGUUCUCCUCCUCGAGGCCCCGAGCCAAACAAUGAGCUCUGGCUGCUGCGCGGCGCCGGCGGCGCGGCUGCUGGAGGGCUGGCGCGCGGUGCUCCGUGCGCCGCUCUGGCGUGGCAGCACGUGUCGACGGGCGGCACUCCGCCGUGCGCGCGCGCCUUCCACGCGUCGGUGAGCGUCGGCCCGUGGCUGCUCGUGCUCGGGGGGGAGGCGGCCCCGUCGACCGAGGCGGGCCUCUUCCACUACCUCUCGGACGUGCACGCCCUCCGCCUCCCUCCGAUUCCCUCGCCGGGCGCGGCGGCGAUGGCGCUGGCAGCUCCCCCUGACCGAGGGAGAGGAUGCGCCGCCUGCUCCGCGCGUGCCGCCGGCGGAGUGGCGACGUGCACCGCCUCGUGCCCCGCGGCGCCGCCGUCCUCGCUCGCUUCGCUCGCUGACGCGGACCUCUCCGAUUUGCACACGUUUGAGCUCGCCUGA